UUCCGGCCAGCUCAGCAGCCGCCUUCCGCUCCGCCGCGACCAGCGCCGGUAGCCGCGGGGAGGCCGCGCCGCAACCCACGAACAGCAGGGCCCCGACCGGGAGCCAGGAGACGGCUGCGAAGAGGAGCGGGAAGAAGCCGGAGAGGCGCCGCCGCCAUGCUGAGCGUGUUCCGCUCCAUCCCCACGCAGAUGGACUACAAAGGCCAAAAAUUAGCAGAACAGAUUUUUCAAGGAAUCAUUCUUGUCUCUGCAGUAAUUGGUUUCAUCUAUGGAUACAUCACUGAACAGUUUGGAUGGACUGUCUACAUAGUUAUGGCCGGAUUUGCUUUAUCAUGUUUGCUGACGCUCCCUCCGUGGCCCAUGUACCGCCGCAAUCCCCUCAAGUGGCUGCCUGUCCAGGAGUCGGGCACGGAAGAGAAGAAGGCAGCAGACAGGAAGCCAAAGAGACAUGCUAAAAGCUAAAAAUGAUGGUUCUUCACGCUGUUACUUUGUUAAAUUUUGUUAAAUUAAUUUCCACUGAGUAAUA